AUGGUGUUCGGGGACCUCAAGGACUCAGGACCCCUCCUCCAACCCCUCUCCCUCGGGACCCCUCACCUUCCCACUCUCCCAAGAAGACUUCGCCACCUUUACAGGCCCCCUCCUCCAAGCCCCCUCCCAAGAAGCCCUCGCCACCUCUACAGGACCCCUCCCAAGAAACCCUCGCCACCUCUACAGGACCCCUCCUCCAAGGCCCCUCCAAAGAAGCCCUUGCCACCUCUACAGGACCCCUCCUACAAGCCCCCUUCUGAGGGACCUCAUAACCACCUCUACAGGACCCGUCCUACAAGCCCUCUCCCUAGGGACCCCUCAACCACUCCCUCCCUCUAG